CCUCUUCAUUGCCUGAAAGCAAAAAGUGGCUUCAUCUUUGGUUGGAAGAAUGAACAAACAAGUACCUUUGUCGCUGCAUCAGUCAUCCAUCCACGCGAAAUCUAUGACAGUUUUUGCGAACGAGUUUUUGACGAAUGUGCUUUGUACCUUGUUGGAGUUUGGCUAAAUGAUAACGAUGAGAAAUCUGUCGGUCAAGUGUUUGCUGUGUUAAAAACCUUGUCCAGGUCGUUAACUGACGGACUUUUCAUUCUACGUUUGAUAAGGUUCACCGACACUUUUCAUUUGUGCCAUGUCGGAAACUCGUUGAUAACGAAUGGAUCUGUGGUAAUUUUUUACAAACAACCUACUGGAAAUGCGUUUUUGACCACCUCACCAGCAGUUCCAGAUGGCAUUAAAUUCUGGAGGAAAUCAGAAGCGUUGCUGGAGCAAACGUGCCCCACAGAAUUAUCAAACGUCAUUGAACUUCUGAAUAACUCCCACAAAGCAGAAGAGAGUAUUUAUAGAUUGUUUGAAACACAAACAGAAACUCUUAGAAAACCAAUUCGCGAGAUUUGGAGGCUUUUGUCCAACUUUGGCAUGAAAGUUGUUAUUUUUUUUUAUGCCUUGUUUCAUCAAAGGCAGCAGGAAGAACACCCAGUUGUAAUUGAGACAAUCAAAUUCUUUUCAGAAUUAUCUGCUGUGUUUCUGCAAUUGUGUACACGUGUUAGGCAAAUGAGAGCUCUGGUGCUGUGUUUUAGCAAUUCUACAGCUCUAAAGGACAAACAAGAUUAUACUGGCCACUCAACAGAGUCAAGAAAUUCACCUAUGAAGAUUGAUGCGAGUGUAAGGAGCAAUGUUUUUCCAGUGGUGUGGUUUGGCAGUUUUCUUAGUGCAGUUGCAAUUGAUGUUGUGUUGGGACUUUUCAUUGUGUUAUGGCUCUUUUCAAAUGGUUACAACACAUGCGCUACUGACUUAAUGAUGGAAAAGACUGAUGCUGUUGUUCAGUGGAUUACCUCUUUACUGGAGUGGUUACAAGGAGCCCCAGCUGGGCUCAAAAUAAACCAAAAGCUAGCAGAAUAUUUGAGCAUUUUCUUUCUUUAUCACCUGUUUCUUUGGCAAAUUUACCUUAGCUAUAUUGAACCGUAUCUUCAGAUUAUCAUCAGUUUUAUCAUCAUGUCAGGUUGUUUUGGAGCAACAUUCUUGUUGUCUUUGGCAUCAGAUGUUAUGUCUUUGAUAACACUCCAUAUCUACUGCUUUUAUGUGUAUGCUGCAAUGCUGUAUAACUUCCAACUACAGAAGUUGUUGCUGUUGGCUAAACUAUUUACAGGUAGAAAAUGGAAUGUUGAAAAGAAUCAAGAGGACAUUGUUCCAUACAGGGUGGACAGACUGUUUUUAGGAACCCUGUGCUUUACCAUUCUCCUCUUCUUGUUGCCGACAACUGCCAUGUACUACGUUGUGUUUACCACCCUGCGACUGAUUGUCCUGUUUGUGAAGGGUGCUGUCAAUAGAAUCAUCGGUAUGAUGAAUAAUCUACCAGUGUUUCCACUGAUCACUGCUUUCUUCAGACCAGAUCUGAUACCAGGAGGCAUCAAGUUUGAAUAUGUUAACUCAUUGGCUCCUUCAGAAGCAGAACUCAACACACUGCAGGAUUUUCCUCUGGACAUAACAGCUCCUUCACCAACUGUUCUACUAAUUCUUCACAAUCAACCACUUCCCAUCACAGAACUGUUUACUCAGCAGUUGCUUGAAAAGUUCCCAGAUCAAGAUGAAUACAAACAGGAUUGGCUAUUGUUAAUCAAGAAAUUGGCCAAAGGAGAACUGAUUUAUCCAUGGGUGAAAUCAAGGACUUUCGAGAAAGAGGUAGUUCUUUAAUUGAAAGCAAAAGGGUUAUGUUGAUGGUCUACCUCUGAACUGUCAGGGCAUAGCAGAGACACCUGUACACCUUAUGUAGAAACCAUCUCUUUGUUCUGACUGAGAUGUUACUUCAAUCAGAAUUAUCUAACAGUGUUUGAUUACUGACUCCGGAUGGCUAUUGACAAUUUGCCUUCUCAUCCCAAGCAUGACCGAUUCAAAUUAUUAAAUAACUGCAUUGCCAAGCAGUCUCAGUCUUGUUGAUGAAAAUAUAGAAGUAAAAUAAGCAGAAGAAUAUAGUUUGAUUAAAAGCCAAAUUCUCGGAACCCAAA